AUGGCGUACCUUUCUCCCCGUUUUCUAGUGUUGGUAUACCUUUUGGCAGUGUGCAGCACGGUCUGCGGCGCCAUCGACACGCCCUCGGGGCUCCGAGCAAGACAGAUCAGUCCCGGCCAGCUCUCUGCCACCUAUGACUAUAUCGUCGUCGGGGGCGGCCAGAGCGGCCUCGUCGUCGCAAACAGGCUGAGCGAGAACUCAAAGAGAUCCGUUUUGGUGGUGGAAUACGGUUACUUCGACGACAACCCUGCGCAGGUGGAGCUCUCGAGCGCGGGUGUCUGGCCGCAGCACAACCUCUUCAACGUCUCCUCUGUUCCGCAGCCUGGAAUGAACAACCAUCCGGGGCUUGCCUUUGCUGCUGUUGUUGUCGGUGGAGGAUCUACGAUAAAUGGGAUGUUGUUUGACCGCGGAGCAGCGGAGGACUAUGAUAUUUGGGAAAGGCCGCAUAACCCUGGGUGGGGUUGGAAGGGGUUGCUUCCGUACUUCAAGCUUCAAGAAGCGAGACCUGAGCUUUCUCGUGAGUUCAACAUUACUUGGGACAUUGAACGGGCGUACGACAACGACCCCAUCCAAGCCAACUUCCCCGACUGGCAGUGGCCAGGAAUCAAAAUCCAGUGGAAAGCCUGGAAAGAGCUCGGUAUGCCGACCAACAUCGAAGGUGCUGCCGCCAACGCCUGGGGAGCGUACUGGAACCCUUCCGCCACCGACAAUCAAUACCGGCGCUCGUACUCCCGCACAGGCUACUGGGAGCCUUCCGCCACGCGUCGCAACCUCCAUCUCUUAACCGUCCACUGUGUCAACGGGGUCCUAUUUAAUGAACAGAAGAGGGCUACUGCAGUCACGAUCCAGGAGCGGAACACUCCGAACGGUGCCACGACGAUCACGGUCAAGGCUACAAGGGAGAUUGUACUUUGUGCGGGCUGGCUGCAUACCCCGCAUAUCCGAUUGCAAAGGAGUGGGCUGGGACCCCGUGGUCUCCUUGAGGAAGCAGGAGUCAAGGUUGUCGUUGAUCUUCCGGGUGUGGGAUCGAAUCUCCAAGAUCAUCCCGUUUAUUUCAUUGGUUUUGAAUACCAAACAGACGUGUUCCCAAAUCCUGCAAUAACGCUACAUUCCAGGCGUGGGCUGAUGAGCAAUGGCAACAAAGGAAAGGCCCACGGUCAAUGUGAGUCGGCAACGCGCUCGUCACUGCCCCUCUGCCCCUCCUGGCUCCGAACUACCGCGCCAUCUUGCGCAAAGGCCGUACCCAAAAUGCAACUGCCUACCUUCCUUCAACGUACACUGCCCAACAAGUUAAGAGCUUCGUCGCCCAGCGCGAUAUCCUGCUUUCCUCCUUCACGCGCAUCAACAAUGGUAGAGCCUGUCAUCGAUUUCAACGCAAACACCAACCCCGUUGAUGAAGGCAUAUGGAUCGCGACGAUGAAAUAUUACCGCAGGUGGAUGGCGGCAAAGGCGAUGAAGCAACUCACGCCAGUUGAAACGUUUCCCGGCGUGAGUGUGGUCACGGAUAAGCAGAUUGCUGAGGCUAUUAGGUUCUCAGUUGCAGCCGAAGCAGGCCACUCGUGCUGCACAGCCGCAAUGGCGCCGAGGGAGCUUUCUGGGGUUGUUUCGCCUGAGUUGACAGUGUAUGGUGUCACUGGGUUGAGCGUUGCUGACCUCUCCAUGGUGCCAAUCAUCCCUGCUACGCACACUUGCGCUACUGUCUACGCUAUCGCGGAAAAGGUAAACCGUUCCAACCUUCUUGGGAUUUAUUUGUUUAUGUACUCCAGGCUGCCGACCUCAUUAAGGUGCGUCAUGAUUCUAGAAUCGAAUAUGGCAAGUAGUAUACGAGCAGGAAUCUGCUUUCUUUAUGGGGGAAAGGCAGCAUCAUUAAACCCUUUUGCACAACUUCACCGCAAGUCGGGUUGGGAAUCUGCAACCUUUAAAUUUUAUUGA